GAAGAAGGGGGCAGAGUUAGCAGGCCCUCGGCUUUCCUUGCUCUGAAGUGUUGGAAAAGUCAGAAACUGAAGCUGAAGACGGAAGAAUAAACCUUUGGGAGUUACCACAAUGGCUACUCAAACCAAAAAAGGAGUCCAAACUGGGGACCAGGUGCAGUUUCUGAAAAAAUUAAGCUUGGAAAGAAGAUCUGCUUCAGUCCCUGAGAAGCAGUCAAGAUGGCUGAAUGCUAGUGGGACAUCCCAGAUAGAAGAUAACGGAUUACUGGUUACACAUGUGAACCAGACCCAGGACCUAUUGAAGGUGCUGGGGAGGGUUGUAAAACCUGCAGCCCAGGAAGAUUCGCGAGAGUGGCUCAAGACCCACAGCUUGGAAUCCAAGGGGCUCAGCCUGGCCCAUUUGCUAAGCCAGGGUACUGUCGUCCUGAGUCAGGACAACAGUUGCUUGCAGCAAAUAGAGUUUCCUGAAGAUACCGUCAGCCGUUUUGAGUCACAGCUGUAUGAAGCGAUUGAACUGUAUCACCAGAGAAUUCAGUGGCUCAUGGAGGGCAGCAGAAAGGUAUUUGGCCUUAUUAAGGGGACGAAGGUUGGCAUACUAAUUGACUCUUCAGAGAUUUGCUGUGGGCCUCGGAAGCAGGAGUUCCAAACGGACCUUUUGUGUCUUAUAGAUGAGCAGCUGAGCCACAAGAAGCAGCUGUACUUUCUUUCUUUUGGGACGGAGCUCUCGACACUCUGGACUGAUCCUGUAGAGGUCAAUUUACCUGCCCUCUGUGAAGCCAGGCAGUGGGUGCAGGCGCUGCAGCCCUGUGGGGGUUGCAAUUUGCUGAAAGCCCUGAGGAAGGCCUUCACCAUACGAGAGCUGAAUUCCUUAGUGAUCAUUAUGGGAAGCUGCCCGGACCAGUCAUCAGAAAUUCUGUCAGACUACAUUCAGCAGGUCACCCUAGGAAGAGAUCUCAUCAUCCACAUAGUUACCUAUGAAUGCAGCAGUUAUAUGCCCCUGGUGAAUUUACAGAACUUCUCAGAAGCUGUCGGUGGCCGUUACCACUGCUACUCAUCGGCAUUGCAAAAUUUUGCCAGUAGUGAUGUGGACCAGCUCCUUUGUGAAGCUCAAAAAGCCAAAAUCCUUCUCAACUACAUCGAAGAGAUGUACCAGAGCAGGUCGGAAGACAACGUAGUGACCAGCACGAGGCAGGGAAUUUUCACAGAGGUUGCAGAUUUACCACAUUCCAGUUGCUUACCAAAACCUCCAAAGCACGAUAGUCCCCUCAAAAUAGAAACCCCAAACUUCCUGACCAAAACUUCUGCUGACUGGCUGAAGACAAAUGGAUUAAAAGCCAAGCAGUUGAACCUGUAUCAAGUUUUGGCUCCCAAUGCUUUCUCUCCUGUGGAGGAAUUUGUUCCUAUUCUCCAGAAAACAGUGUCUUCAACUCUUCAUGAGAGAGCAAUGGUGCAGUUUGAAUGGCAUGAUGGGACAGUCAAAAACGUUCAUGUGGAUCCACCCAUAUUGUACGAAUACCAGAAGCAGCUUGGCCGAGCAGUGAGGACGUAUGAGAGACGGAUUGAGUGGCUUUCCAUUGCUAGCAGGAGGAUCUGGGGCACAGUCUGUGAAAAAAGGGUGGUUAUACUGGUGGAUAUCUCAGUAACAAAUUCCAUGUACAUUAUUCAUAUCCAACAUUCCCUGCGACUUUUGCUCGAGGAACAAAUGUCAAACAAAGAUUUCUUCAAUAUCACUGCGUUCGGAAGUGAAAUUGAGAGCUGGAGACCUGAAUUGGCUCCCAUAAACCAAGAGAAUUUACAGAGUGCUUGGAGGUGGGUCCUGAGCCUGGAGUGUGGAGGAAGCAGGAAUAUUAUGAGUGCUGUGAGGAAAACCGUCGAGGUGGACCUGAAGGAGAAGGACAAACACACCUCCCAGGGGAUCUAUCUCUUCACAGGGGGAGUUCCUGACCAGGAGGUGUCCAUGGUCAGUGCCUAUGUUGCCGAGGUCUGUGGCGGCUGUGACUUGCGACUGCACAUCUGCCUGUUCCACAUCGGGGGCUCAGACCUAGAUGGCAUUAUUCCUGCCCGCUAUGCCAGCAUGGAUGACACCGCCAGCGCCUUCAAGGAGAUAGCUCAGGCUGCCAAUGGGAGGUUUCACUGGUUUGGAGACGUAGGCAUCUACGAGAGUGAUGAUAUCAGUGCGAUCAUGGCAGAAAUGGAAGAAGCAAUCAAUUUCUCCCAAAAGUGUGCUGCUCUCGUGGGAUCCCUGAAGAGCCGGGCAGGAUCCCACUUGGAAAGUAAGACCUCCCCAAAAGGAGACGGCAAGAUGCUGAAGGAGAGAAGCAGCCCCCAGAAAUUUUUCCCUCCAAAGCCCACAGCACUCACACUGGCCAGAAUGAACAUUAGAGACAGCCCUGACAGAGAGAAGAAGGUCACGGUGAAAGCCCUGACAUGGCGGCCUACCAGUGCCGGAGGAAUCAUUCCCCCAACCAAGCCAGUGAAAGAGUGGAGCCAGCCUGGGAGAAAGAAGAAAGCCAAGGCAAAGAAACGACCAGAGACAUCUCUUUCGGUAUUUUACAUUGACAAAGGGAGGAAUGUGGGUGUGGUGUACAGGAAAUACCCAAAGAGAAAGAGUGUCAGAAAGGCCGUUCCUUCUGUCGUCCUUCCAACUGGGCACAAAAUGUGUUCCACGCGAGAGUGGUUGAACAGGUACAGCCUCAAAAAACUGAAGUUAGAAUUACCCAAACUCAUGUUUGGUCCAAACUGCACUCAUCAGAAGAAAAUGGUCGCAACUCUUCAGAAACAAGUGUCGGCAAAGUACUGCAACAUUUUCCCAAGUGUAGAGGUCAAUGGUAUUGUGAAGCAUCUGCAGUUCCAGUCCAGGGACCUGGAAGAAUACAUAACACAGACAGAGAAAGUGGUGAAAUGCUACGUCAGGAGGAUGCAGUGGCUUCUGUCUGGAAGUCGACGACUCUUUGGCACCAUUUUGGAGAGAAAAGUGUGCAUCCUGUUGGACACAUCUGGGUCUAUGGGCCCCUGUUUGCAAAUGAUCAAGAAGGAGCUGACCCUGCUGAUCUGGGAACAGUUGAGGACCCACUGCGACAGCUUUACCCUACUCAGCUUUGCAGACAGCAUGGCCAUGUGGCAGGAAUGCCUGGUGGAGGUCACUGAUGACACAUGUCACGAUGCAGUACAGUGGGUGUCCAAGCUGCGGGCUCAAGGCAGCACAUGUGUUCUGAAAGCUUUACAGAAAGCUUUCUGUGUUCAAGAUGUAAAGGGAUUGUACCUCCUGUCAGAUGGAAAGCCAGACACAAGUUGCAGCCUCAUUCUAAAAGAAGUUGAAAAGCUGACAGAGAAACGAGAUAUUAAAAUUCACACCAUUUCUUUUAACUGCUCAGAUGGGGUAGCUAUUAGAUUCCUGAAGAAGUUGGCCUCUUUGACUGGGGGACGCUACCACCACUGUCAUGGGGACAUAGAUGGCCAUUUUGCUGCCUACAGAUUACUGACCGAAGGAUUUUCUGAUGAAGACGACCCAAUUUUGCCAUUAUUUGAGGGUGAUGAUUUGAAGGAGCUUGCUCAAGAGGUAGCCAAAGCCAGGCAUUUCCUAGUGGAGGCCCAAUCCUUUAGGUUACUGCUAAAAAAGAAGAACUUAGACUCAAAGGACAAGUCUUUUUAGACAAGAGCUCUCAGGAGGUGUGAACCAAAAAGUGGUCAACUGAGGGAUCACAAGCCCAUCCCCAGCGUCGAUCCUGGGGUCCAGCUUCUCCAAGGCUCACACUGUGGACACCACUGUGGACACCACCCCACCACCACACUGGGGUCACAGGAAGAAACAAUUAGAGAUGAUAACCUGUGGCCAAGAGUUGAAGAACUGAUUUGCUAUUUACAUCUUGCUGUCACCGUCAUUGUCCUCAAAGGCCAAAUGAGGGUCAGUCUAAUUCCACUGGGAGUUGGGCUGCAGAAAAUGACUUAGAUCAUUUUUGACACAGAAGAGUUAUCCUUUUCCCUUUAUGGUCAGUCUUCCAGUAAUGCGGGAUUAUAUUCUUGGAAAACUUCACAUUGUAGUACACACUCCUUUGAUCAAUGUUGUGCAGAACGCAUACAGCUGUUUCUUCUGAAAAUGCAUCGCAUAUGGUCCAGACGCACAUGGUCAGAAAAACAUUCCCUAAUUCCCCAAGAGCAUUCAAGUAGAGGGAAAACCCGUGUUGUAGGAGAGCUGACUGUGUUUUCUCCCCACAGCAAAUUUCCAAGACAGUCUCCUUCUGGGGCUCAUCCCAUCAUUCAGGCAAAACUGAGCUGAUUUUCCAGUAGCUUGUUCCUGCAGGUAAUUCUGUACUAAUUAGACGUGGCUAUGAGAAUGUGAAUUAGGUAUCCCAUGUAUUUGUAUCCUUUUAAAAAAAAUUACUUCUACACACAUAUAUGUG